AUGUCUCUUCCCGCCACCCUCACCAUCGCCCUCCUUGCCCUCCUCCACAUCUACAUCAUGAUCCUCGAGAUGUUCCUCUGGACCACACCACGAAGCCUCCGAGCCUUCGGCUUCAAACCCGAUUUCGCCGAGAAGACCCAAACCCUAGCCGCCAACCAAGGCCUCUACAACGGUUUCCUCGCCGCCGGCCUGCUCUGGAGCCUCGUGCACCCGGCUCCCGAGGUUGGGAGGCAGCUCGGCCUGUUCUUCUCCGGGUGUGUGCUUGUCGCGGGGCUCUACGGGGGUGCGACGACGAAUCGGAAGAUUGUCUUUGUGCAGGCUCUUCCGGCUGGGGUGGCGAUUGCUAUGGUGCUUUUGUUUGCGUAG